UUCCCCCUUAUCCCACUCUCCAUGCCCUUCCACCUGUGCUUCUGCUCAGAGCAGAAGUGCUUGCGAAGUUCAACAGAUGUGAUUUUCAUCUCCCACUGUAACAUUCUUGCUUGAUUGCGUCAUGUCUCCUGCACCUGCAGUCGCUGAGAUGCAGCCCGAUCACUCGCUACAAACACUGGCCCGAGCUUUUGAAGCUCUUCUGCUAACAACCCAGCAACUCAGCUGCAAGGAGAAAAGUUUGCAGCUAAGGCUGAAAUAUGCCAACAAUGAGUAUACGAAGCUGGCAGAUCGACUCCCGAAUGGGCCGGAUACCCAUACCAAAAUCGUCUCCGAGAAGAUCCUCGGUCGAUACACCGAAUUCGAUCAUACUCAGAAGGAGCCAUUGAGUCCCGAGGCUGUAGUAAAAACCCUCGCAGAGUCUGGAAACGUAGGAGAUCAGGCUCUGUCGGCCAUCACGGAAGGACUGGCUUGCUACCAGACCAUCGUACCUUCCCAAGAAGGUGGACUGUUGCCUGACCUCAACCAAUGUGUCGUUGCUACCCGAGCUGGUGCCCCUCGUCCCUUGGAAAAGGAUUUCACGACGAGGGGCAUGAAGGGUAGCCUGCGCUGCCCAUUUGCAAAGUCUCGCGCUAAACCCUCUGAAAAUGGGGUGUCGAACGGGAUCGAGGACCGCUCGAAUGUGCCCAAUGAUGCUUGUGGACACGAAGACCUCGAUCCCAUAAAAGCCGAGCUCAAGGAUAAACACUCCGUCCAGACUCCCUCUGCACGAUCCUCGACCACGCAAUGCCAGGUUUCGAGGUGUCCCAUUAGGUUUCUAGAUCAGCAUAGUCCGGAGGAGGUUGCCGACUAUGUCGAGAGACACAAACACGAGAUACCUCGGAGUCAUGCCAUCUGUGUGCAACGAUACCAGAAAGACUCGUCGAGCAUGCGGCAAUUAGACGCAAAGUAUGGUAAUCUGAUCAGUAUGAUACGAGGCCUGUCCGUUAAACACCAGGCGUUCCUGCCGCCCAACGGGCAGAGUGACGGGCCCACGUCCAAUUCCUCCGCGGAGAGGGUGGAAAAAUGGGCCGAAGACGUUGGCUUGAAAUCGGAGAUGCAGCCAUCGAUCAAGGAGGAGGAAGAGGAGGAGGAAGAGAGGAAGGGACACUUUGAUCGCCCAUUACGGGAGGUUCGAGUCGGGGAAUCUCCCAGCAGGCCUUGGGGGAUCCCUGUCCCUGCGCCCUUCCCUGCGGUGCCUGCAGGACCACAUUCGCCGGCGGCUCCAGUCCCGGCUUCUCUCAGUCACGCAUCUCCCAAGUCUUCAGACCACGCCGAUGCGGAUGUCUCUUCUAUCGCGCCGCUCCAAGGCCCGUCCCACGACGUGGCAGAUGCGCCUCCAAAAACCGGUCGGUGUCCCUUCGGUCAUGGAGCACCGCCGGCGGACAACAUGGCCCCCGAGACUGAGACCGUCCGCAAUCCGGAUCCGAUGAACGACACGCCCGAGGAUACUACUGGACAAGAUUAUGAAGCGCCUCCAGAAUUCCAGCGCCCGUCCAGCAAUCCCCCGGCGCAGGUUGUUUUCAACGGGCCGGUGUUUUUUGGCUUCUCGCCAGACCAGACGGCGGCGUUUCUACAACAGUUAAGCAGUCUCGGUCAUAACCCAGGGUGAUUGAUGGCUGUGAGAGGUAUAUAUAUGUGUGUAUAUACAUGUAUAUGGAAAUAUGGAUAUAUGGAACUGUACAUACAAUAAUGAAUGAUGAUAAUUUGUAACCAC